UCGUAGUCGAAUGCUUAUAGCCCAAAGCCGCCAGAAGAGCUAUGCUGAUCAGAGGCGAAAGCCUUUGGAGUUUGAAGAAGGAGAACAUGUCUUUUUGAAAGUUACACCAACCACUGGAGUGGGAAGAGCUAUUAAGACUAAGAAACUGAAUCCCCGUUAUAUUGGACCCUUUGAGAUUCUGAAGAGGAUUGGGCCAGUGGCUUAUAGAAUUGCCUUACCGCCAUAUCUUUCGAAUUUGCACGACGUGUUUCAUGUGUCUCAGCUUAGGAAGUACACUCCUGACGCAAGUCAUAUUCUAGAACCGGAACCAAUCCAAGUGAGAGAAGAUCUAACACUUUCAGUGAUUCCAGUGAGAAUUGAUGAUACUAAUAUUAAACGAUUACGCGGAAAGGAAGUAUCAUUGGUAAAAGUGGCUUGGAGUCGAGCUGGUAUCGAGGAACAUACCUGGGAGCUCGAAUCAGAUAUGCGAAAGGACUAUCCACAUCUCUUUUCAGGUAACUAGAUUUGAAUUUUGAGGGCAAAAUUCUUUAUUAGGUGGGUAGGAUGUAAACCCCGGUUAAAUUAGUAGAUAAUUAGUCAAUAAAUUAAUUUUUAAUAAGGAAGAUUAGAGAGGUGAAUAUUAUAUUA